GGGACACUGGGCUGUGGGUUGUCAGGGGUAUUUUGUUAUUUCGUUUUCUUUCUCUUCUUUACCCCAAUUAUAUUAUUUUUUAUCCCGAGUGAAAUGCAGCUUCAUCCCUCUAGUUUGCAGCGCAAGGAUGAUCAGAAAAUCCUGGGGAUAGAUUACACUAAUUUGAAGGCUUUGUGCAGAAUCCACGGGCUUAGACUCAGAGACAGCAACAGAUACCAAUCAACUGAAGAGGCCCAUAACGAUUUCAUGAACUCCUAUCAAAAUAUAUUUCUCCUGUCAAAGAAAAUGGUUGCCCGGAACCCUUUCCAGGCAGAUAGCAAAGUCGCUCCCGGCCCUGAGAAGCUGAAGGCCAGUGAGAGCCAGGAAGUGAACAGGAACCAAGGCCACGGGAGACAGACUCAAGAGACACUCAUCAACCAAAUGAUCAAAGCCCUCAAAAAGUUCCCUAUAGAGCGGUCCCAGUUGGAGCACCAUUCUAUCCAUAAGAUGCUGAAGGUGUUCCCGUGUCUGACAGCCCACCUCUCCAGACAUGAGUUACAGCAGAUCAGCACCAUCGCCAUCAUAGAGACCUGGGAUAGGGCACAGAUCAUAUUUGGACACAAUGGAUUCUACCUCAUCCUGAAAGGUUCAGUAGCUCCAUACACUCAAGAAAGAUCCAAGGAGGCUGUUGAUCCAAAGGGCUCAGUGAUAGGUGUGGGUGGCAGCUUUGGAUCGUUUGAACCUCCUGCAGGUACUGAGGCAGGCAUCACCAUCCAGUGUACAUUAACACAGGAACCCUGCGAGAUCCUGAAAAUCUCCCACUCAGGCUACGCCAAGCUGAAGAAGGAGAUCUUGGCCCAGAACUAUGCUCUGAAGGAAUCUCUGAUCCAGGGUUGUCACUUCUACCUGCAGUGGCCCAAGCUCUCCAUCGAUAGGCUUGCCAACCUCAUCCAGAUGAAGAACUUACCAGCAAAACACGUACUGGCGAAGGAAGGUAAGGUGUGUCCCUUUGUGGCCUACAUCCGAGAGGGGGAGUGUAACAUCCUCCAGGACAUUAACUCGCUGAUGAGGACCCCACAGGAGAAGGGCAGCAGGAUAAAGUUGGUUGUCGUUGGGAAGCUCGGACCAAUGGAAUCGUUCGGUGAGGUGAGCAUCCUGCUUGAUCAGCCCUCCCCCUGCAGCAUCGUCACGGCGACAGAGGUGCAAGUAGGGAUCAUCCAACCAGAUGCUCUGAAACGACUUGAUUCAGUAACAUCGGCACUGAUGUUACAAACAGCACAGCCGACUUACGGGAAGUUGAGUCAGGAAGAGAUUAACAAGGAAUACAUCAGACAAGAGCGGCACAAGGAGUGGGACCACAUAAAGAAGAGAGUGUUGUCUGAUGCCCUGCUCUACAACGGGAUCCAGCAGGGGAACGGGAAGUGGACCUUCACUAGGGGAGGUGGAAGAAGAUCUGUGGACAAGAGCAACCCCCAUCCAAUAAACACAGCACACACACAAACACCCCAGAGUAUACUGCCUGCUUUGACUCCAGAUGUUACAACAACAACGCAAGAAAACACAGGAACUGACAUUGCCAAACCCUAAUUUGCUGUUUAAAAGUAUAACUCCAGUCCCAUGCUCCAAUCCAACUUCUGACACCACACCCUCCAAUAUCCCGCCACAUACACUUUCGUUCUCUGCCUGUAUCUUUGGACUCAACGCACAGUGACCACUCCAGAUGUACACGAAUAUAGCGUCAAAGAAAAUAAACUGUUAUUCUCCCCAGCUUUCACUCUCACUCAAAGCCUUUGAAAUAAGAGGCCGUUAUUGUCAAUCAGCUAGCAGCUUUCACUGCAGUGCUUCCUAUAUCCCUGCCAGGGCCAGAGGAACUCUGAGGACAGUGACACAUCAUGUUGUCUUUCACCCACUUAGUAUAACGUAACCAGACAUGUCCUACGUGUGCAAAUACAGAGCCUGACCCAGCCCCAAAAAACCCACCAUAAGCAUACACCCCCAACACAGGCCAAAACAACACAGCCGUAUUGGAUCUUAUACUUGUGUGAAACAGUGUUGGGCAAGACAGGCAACAAGUCCGCAAUGACAUACAGAGCCCAACACAACAUCUUGUUGCGCAGACACUGAAUACUGUAGAGAACGGAAAGCAAUUCUUUAUGAAAGAGACAAUGCUGAACCGUAUCAUAGAGAAACUGAAAUGACACUUGACCGUAUAAUUAGUUUUAUGUCUAAAUAUUUGGGUCGAGACAUAGACUUUUUAGAUUGCUGGGAUCUGUAUGGAAACAGAAACACAGACCUUAAAAUACAUGGUGUUUGUUUAGAUUUGACAGACCGCAACUGACCUUGACCGAGACUGUUUGUUCCACAUUCCCAAAGGAAAAUACCUCUUUAUUGCUUCUUUGUAUAUAUUUUUGUUUUCUCCUCAGAUGACAGUUCUGUACUGAAAUGACCUACUGAAAUUGUCCCUCAGUCUGGAGAAUGAUUUGAGAUGAGAAUGGGCUUGAAACGAGCUGUGGUAAAUGGUAUGGUUUUAUUGUAGCAAAUAUUGUAGCAUCUCCUCGUCUGCAUAAGCCUAAUUUGAUUAAAUGUUUUUGUGCGUGUGUGUUAUGGAAAUUUUACCUGCAUAGAGAUGCAUUUAGCAAUUUGUGCUCUAUUCAUUGGUUAAUCUUCACCUUUUAUCCCCGCCAAAAGUGUUCCUUCAUGUUAGCAGAGAUUUCAGAAACUCAAACAAAUAGCUAAUUCCCAAGAUGAGUGAGGCUCUUAACCCUUAAUAACAUUGACACAAGUAAGAUUAAUCAUGCUUUCACGUGGUUUUGUCCACACACGCACGGUCAUUUCACACAGUCCAAGAGCUGCUUUCAAUACAAUGUUUGGCAGGUUAGGUUGGUGAGGUGAGAUGUUUUCCCUCAAGGUGCAGGGGGAAAUGACAAAGCUGUUUCCUUUGUUUGGACAAGGCCCCGUGAGAACGUAGUCCAAGGCUAGAGGAGAGGUGUUGCAUGUGUCUCCAAGGCGAGAGGAGAGGUGUUACCUAGGUGUGGUGUGACACAGUCACGGUAGGGGGUGUUACUAGGAAACGAGGUGAUGAAGCCUGAAAUAUCCCAUUUACUUCCCAUGACCUCACAACAGGACAUGCUAUCCCACACAACACUUUACUGGACUCCAGGGCAUUUCACCACAUGUGUAUAUAAAAAAUGGUAAUAGCCACGCAUUGUGGAGUUUUCAUUAAGCCUCCUCUUAUCUG